AUGCAAGGCACUAUGUACUGGGUUGUAUUUUUAGUGGCGGUACUACAGGGUAUUCAUUUAGUGUCGGGGCAGGAUAUAGUGAAUCAACAGGAGUUUGAAGCGUUGUGUCGAAUGAUAAAUUGGGCAGAAAGGGGACUGAAGCACAUAAAACUAGCUAAACAAGUGACGGAAGAAGCUCUGAGCAUCGGCAUAAGAUAUCUUGAAGUCGCUGAUGCAGAUAGCGCUGCUCAACUUGGCGCGGCAGAACACGAUGCUUGUAUGGAUAAAAGAGAGGUUCGUGAAAAAAACUGCGGAUUGUACAAAACAUUUUGGGAAGAGUCACAGAGGCUAUUAAAGGAAAAGCAUGAAAGAUCGCAAGCACAUCACCGAGGAAGGAACAGUUUGCAAUAUCAUACAGCGGAAGAAAUUAAAAGCAAAGUAAUGGAAGUGGCGGAUAUAUUUCACGAAGUCAAGUGGGAACUCUUAGAACUCAAAGUAAAUAAUAUGGAGGAGCAACUCAAUCAAGCUCUUUAUGGAAGGACAUACUCCGCAGAAGAAAUAAGGGAAAGAGAAGAGCGAAGCAGGGUGUGCGGACAAAGCUCGCGUAGUGAAAUGAUUAUUGGGGGCCAAUCACUAGUAAUGGAUUUGUUGUGCUUGUGUGCAAUGCACAGUUCUUGGAAAGAGAUGAGGGUAUGCUGCGCAGACUGCACUACGGGAGAGAACGGCAACACAUGGAACCCAGGAUCAAACGGAGCACCACGCUGGAAAUUUCUGAAACAAAAGUGUGCGGGAGCCACCACUAGUUACGUUAGCGUACGCAAAACCCUGCGUGGUGCAAAACAGGAUUUUAUGGAUGCCGUAACGGAAAUAAGUGCAAACAGAAGAACAAAUUUGUACAAACUUGGGGAAAAGCAAAACAAAGAAAUAAAAGACUGUGGAGCAGACAAAAACAGCAAAGAAGGAAUAUGUGUGUUUUACAGAGAGCGUGAUGGAGUGGUGUUUUGGAUGAAAGCGUUGGAAAACGUGGACAACAAGAUGGAAGUUCUGCUUCAAGACAGAACAAAGAAGACAUCAAAACUUGAGAGAAUUAAAGAGCUAAGUCAAGAGAUAGAAAGCUUAAUCAAAGGUGAUACGGGGCGAGGAAGACAACAGGGAAGACAGAAACGGAGUGUGGAUACCGAGAACAGUGUCCCAGAAACCCCAGCUGACCCGAGCGAUCCAACACAGUCAACCACACAUACCAAUGAAAAAAAGCGAAUUGUAAGAAAACCGAUAUCAACAGGUAACAAUGCAUCCAAAAGCUACGGUGGAGAUGAGGUUGAUUCUUACGAUUCCAAAUGCGAUGGAGAAAACUCGGCAUGCUCAGAUUCACCAGCAAAGCCAACAGUAAAAAGCAGCAAAAGUGCUAUAAAUUGUCCACUGGGAUUAAUUUUGCUUUUGGUAUAA